ACAAUUAUACAAACCGCUAACAAAAUCUUCAUGGAUUACAUCUUGAAAAUACAAUUAUAUAAGCCACUAACCAAAAAAUAAAAAAUCACAUAAGCAGGUAAGAAGAAUAUUCACCCAAAAAAAAAAAAAAAAAAAAAAGUAAGAACAAUGUCGGCACACUGAUGUGGUGGCAAAAAGCGAACGUUGCUCCAAAUCCCGAACCUUCAAAGGUUCUUCAUUAACAAAGUUAUGCCACAUGUCUUCUGAUCUUGACGAGGUGUGAAUACUCAAACUGUCUCUCCCCUCGUAAUCAAUCAAAGGAACUGACCGGCGAUCGAGAAGAAAAACACAGAGACAGCAAUGGCGGACAGGUUCUUUCCCAAUUUAAUGCCAGGCUUCGUAGCCGAAAUGCCAACUUCUUCAACCAGCUUAGCACAACAACAACAACAUGAAGCUGGGUCCGACUCUCUCAUGAGGCUCCUUUCCAUGCCAUACCCAUCUCUCUCUCACCACUUUAAACGCACAGCUUUAGACCUUAGAGAAACCAUUGUUAGUGACAUGCGUAGAGUGGCUGGACAACGCGAGCACGACUUUACCCUCUAUACCGGGGCUCUUGGCAAGGCUUUUCUGCUAUUUAAAGCUUAUCAAGUCACUAACAACAUGAAUGAUCUCAUGCUCUGUUCUCAGAUUGUCAGGGAUUGUGACUCUGCUUCUUUAGCUUCUAGGGAUGUGACUUUUAUAUGUGGGCGGGGUGGUGUAUGUGCUCUUGGGGCUGUAGCAGCAAAGCUUUCUGGUGACAGGCAGUUGUUUACUUACUACCUAUCCAAAUUUAAAGAGAUUAAGCUGUCCAGAAAUCUCCCUGAUGAGUUGUUAUAUGGGCGAGUUGGAUUUCUGUGGGCUUGUUUGUUUUUGAACAAGCAUAUUGGAGAAGGGACAAUUCCUUCAUUCUUCAUGAGAGCGGUUGUGGAUGAAAUUAUCAAGAAUGGUCGUGCACUGGCUAAGAAAGGAAAAAGUCCAUUGAUGUUUGAAUGGUAUGGGGAAAAAUAUUGGGGUGCUGCCCAUGGAUUAGCAGGAAUCAUGCAUGUUUUGAUGGAUAUGGAGUUGAAGCCAGAGGAGGUUGAAGAUGUCAAGGGCACUCUUAGAUACAUGAUUUAUAAUCGCUUCCCUAGUUGGAACUACCCUGCAAGUGAAGAAGAUCGGAGCGAUGUUCUUGUUCACUGGUGUCAUGGGGCUCCUGGAAUUGCUCUCACACUUGUCAAAGCAGCAAAGGUUUUUCGGGAUCAGGAAUUUCUGAAAGCAGCUAUGGAUGCAGCAGAAGUAGUUUGGAACAGGGGGUUGCUUAAGCGAGUUGGGAUUUGCCAUGGCAUAAGCGGGAAUACAUAUGUGUUCCUCUCACUCUACCAGCUGACAGGAAAUGUAGAAUACUUAUACAAAGCAAAAGCUUUUACUUGUUUUCUACUUGAUAGAGCUCACAAGCUUAUCUCAGAAGGAGAGAUGCAUGGAGGUGACCAUCCAUAUUCAUUGUUCGAAGGGAUUGGAGGUAUGGCAUACCUUUUUCUGGACAUGGUUGAACCUUCUGAGGCUAAAUUUCCUGCUUAUGAACUCUGAAGUGUUUGUCACGGAAUCAUGGGAGCAGAGUCUUCUGUUUAAGAAGGCACUGUAGAUCACUAUACUUGUUAGAAUAUGUGUACUUUCCUUAUUUUAGUGUAUUUUUUAGCUAGUUUUUCUUCUUUAUGUGUAAAUCAUAAUUUGUUUGAAAGAUGGCAUGCCUGUGGGAAACUUGUGUGUGGUUACCUCCGUAAAGUAGGUGAAAUUAAUUUACCUUUUUUCUGUA